AUGAAAAUCUAUACCUCACCGUACCCGGCACCCACCCUCCCAACACACCUCACCCUGCCCCAAUUCCUAGCAAUAGAUAAUCCCGAUUCUGUCCCCGAUGAUAAAGUGAUCCUAGAAGAUGACUGGACCGGAAACAGCCUCACGUAUGGAGGGUUGAGGGAUAGGGCGAGCGAACAUGCGUGGACUUGGCGGACUUGGGCCUUCGAGGGAGGGUUUGAACUCGAUGACGGCGUUACAGUUGGGAUCGCGGGUGUGAACUCGGUUCAUCUUGUGAGCGCUAUCUAUAGUGUUCUUUGGGCUGGUGGUGUCGUUUCGUUGAUGAGUCCACAAAGCACAAUCGCGGAUUUCAAACACGCCCUCGGGAUUGUGAAGCCUAGAUAUAUGAUCGUGGACGCCAAUAUAGUCGGGAAAGUGGCUGCAGCGCUAGGAGAUGCGACUACGGAUAUCAUCGUCCUAGGAGAAAGUCCCGUUGGUCACAAUUCGUCGCUUGCUCAUUACCCCAAACACUUCUCCACCACCUCUCGUCUCGAACCUCAACCGUUACCGAAGGGCAAGACGGCAAAGGAUGUAACGGCCAUAAUACCAUUCAGCUCAGGAACGUCCGGUCUCCCGAAAGCGGUGCAGCUGUCGCAUUAUGCGCUUAUUGCUAUUUUGAAAUGCUCGCGGGCGUCGGAUCCAGAGAUGUGUGGGAGGGAGGAUAGGAGUGUGUUUUUUGCGCCGUUGGGGCAUAUUUAUGGGUUUAAUACAGUUCUGACAAGUGUGUGGAGAGGAGCGUAUUUCAUACUCAUGCGAGCUUUUGACCUAGAGCGGUUUUUGAGACUGAGUGAGGAGAAGAAGGUUACUAUUUUGGGAAUCGUGCCGGUGAUUGCGAAUUUGAUGGCGAGGAGGGGUGUCUUGGAUAGAUAUGACUUGGGGGGUGUGAGGGUCGUGCUUUGUGCGGCGGCUGUGUUGGAGGAUGAGGUUGUGAGGAGGUUGAGGGAGAGGUUGGGGGGUGCGCCGAUUGUGCAAGGGUACGGGAUGACAGAGGGACUUGUUUCUGUGCAGAGGAGGAGCGAAGCAGGAAAGGUUGGAUCCGUAGGCAGGUUAUUUGCUGGAGUAGAAGCACGAAUCGUGGACGACAACAUGAACGACGUCCCACCCGGCCAAGCAGGAGAACUACUCGUCAAAGGGCCACUAGUUUUCAACGGCUAUAUCAACAAUCCUACUGCCACAAACGACGCGUUCCACAACGGUUGGCUCAAAACAGGCGAUGUGGUUCGAAUCGACAACGAAGGUUUCCUCUACAUCUUUGACCGCAAAAAAGAAAUCAUCAAAUAUCAAGGCUUCCAAGUCUCCCCCACGGAACUAGAAGCCAUCCUCUCAACCCACCCUUUCGUUCUCGAUGCCGCUGUGUGCGCGAAAUGGGAUAAAGGCCAAGGAACAGAAGUCCCGCUAGCUUAUAUCGUGCUCUCGCAGAAGGGGAAGGAGAUGGGGAUAGAGAAAGCGUGUGAGGAGGUGAGGGCGUGGUUUGAUGGCAGGAUCGCGGGGUAUAAGAGGCUGAGAGGAGGGGUGGAGAGUAUUGAUGUGGUGCCGAGGACGGCUUUGGGGAAGGUUAUGAGGUGGGGGUUGCCGGCUAGGGUGGAGAUGGUCAGGGAGAGGGAGAGGGAGAGGAAGGUGGUGGGGAGGGCGAGGCUUUGA